CUCUCUCUCUCUCUCUCUCCACAAAUAUGCAAGUGGGCUUACGAAAGUGCUUGAUACAAGUGGUUGGAGUGUUAUAAAUCCGAUAAUGUAGAUGUUAAGAGAUGAUUAUAAAACAGUAACGACACGCUGACCCACAGUGAAACAUGAGGGUCCCUGUUCUCACCAUCCUUGUCUUCCUUUUACUGUCAGACGAUUUUUGUGGAGGAAAUCAGAAAAAGAACAAAAAGCAUGGCCAGAGAAAGGGCAAAGGCGCGGAUAAGAGGAGAAAGGUUACAGGUGUCCCCAAAAUGCCCAUGCUAAAUGUGACAGUACCCCUAACAUUGCAGAGACUGAGGUUUAGUAACCAUGGCAACCAGUCAUUAUACAACAGUGGUCGUUUAGAAGUUCGUAGAGGUGGAAGAUGGGGACCAGUUUGUGAUGACAAUUUUGACAUAAAAGAUGGUCAUGUGGCUUGUAGACAAAUGGGAUUUGCUAGGGGUGCAGACAAGGUGUACGACAAGUCCUUCUUUGGUUCUGGACUGUGGAAUUCUACCGAUAUACUGAUGGAUGAAGUAAGCUGUACAGGCCAGGAGGCAGAAUUAUUAUCGUGUCCCUACACUAUCAACCACGACUGCUCAGUCAGAGAACUAGCUUCUGUUGUCUGCAAGGAAAACAUGGGAUGUGAUGAAGGUUGGAUUGCUGGAUCUGAGGGUUGCUACAAAUUGCACACCACAGCCAAAAACUAUCGCAAGGCCAGCAAAAUCUGUGUCAGGGAAGGUGGCCAUUUAACCAACAUUGAAACUCCAAAGGAGCAUCACUUCCUGUCCAGUCUUCUUUAUACAGUGGACUUAGAUACCAAUAUUUGGAUGAUUGGAGGAAGGCGUAAGAAAUCAAGCUGGUAUUGGGAAAAGUCGAUGCGUAUUCCAAAGGAGUCAAAGAGAAGAAAAAAGAAAAAGAAGAAAGGGCCUAUCCAAUCAUUUAAGUCUAAUAUGACAUACAGCAACUUCUUCCCAGGUUGGCAACCAACAAAUUUCAAUAGACAACCUUCAAAGAAGAAGGGAGAAUAUUGUGCAAGUUUAGCCCACCAAUUCAAGCACCCAAAUGGUUCGAUGGUGUCAGUCCAAUAUUACUUCUUUGAUGAUAUCAAGUGCAAGAAAACUAAAAAAUACAGCUUUGGAUUUAUAUGUGAAAAACCAAUACAGAAGAUGGACCAACCACGUUUAAGACUGUCUGAUGAGUGUUACCUAGGUAAUGGAGAAUCUUAUAGAGGAGACCAAACAGAAACAAAACUAGGAACUCCUUGUCAGAAAUGGUCCAAGUCCUCUCGUAUCAAUGCAAAAACCCAUCCUGGAAAGGGUUUAGGUAACCAUGAUAAGUGUCGUAAUCCAGACAACAGUUCACAGCCCUGGUGCUGGGUGGAUGUGGAUCGCAUGCGCUUUGGUUACUGUACUGUCCCUAAAUGUGACUCUUCAACCACUGCUUUACCCAUUUCACGUAAUAAAGACUGUUAUGUCAGUGAUGGUAAAUUCUACAGAGGUUCUGUCAGCAGAACAGAGAAAGGCUUCAACUGCCAGAACUGGCCGUCUUCUGCUAAAGUCAACCCAACAACCCAUCCAGGAGUGGGUCUAGGGAACCACAAUUUUUGUAGAAAUCCAGAUGAAGACUCCAAACCGUGGUGCUGGGUCAGACCAAACCUGAAUGAGUUUGAUUACUGUGUGGUACCCCGCUGUUCUGAUCUCCAGACGGGGACUCAGCCACCCACCACCACAACCACAGCACAGAUAGACUGUCCUGCAAACAAAUUCUUUUGUCACUUGAGCACUAAAGAUUUCUGUAUUCCACAGCUGUUUCAAUGUGAUGCUGAAAAAGACUGUGAAAAUAAUGAAGAUGAAGAAAAUUGUGAAUACAAACUUCCACUCUUCACAAAGCAUGCAAAUUAUGCCAUCAUAUCCCAGGGUGAAGAAGCAUAUGAAAAUAUACCACUUGAACUGUGUGCCAGAUACUGCGUGCAGUCCACACGGUUUGUCUGUAGAUCUUUCCAUUUUGUGAUUGGGAAGAGGGAGUGUUUCCUGUCAUCACUGAACAGGGAGAGAGUGACAUCUAGUGGCAAUUACUCAUCUAUAUACACAUACUAUGAACUCAAAACCCAGAUCAGUGGAUGCCCUGGUGAAUUCAAGUGCAAGAAUGGUCGAUGUAUUGAACUGAGUCAACAGUGUAACUCUCAUGAUGACUGUGGAGAUCUUUCUGAUGAGGAGGAAUGUGCUGGAAAUACUGCCCCACCUCUUGGGAUCCGCCUAGUGGGUGGUAACGAUGACUAUUCUGGUAGAGUGGAACUUCAGUACUAUGGAGAAUGGGGUGUGAUCUGUGAUGACAACUGGGAUGUCCAUGAUGCAGAAGUUGUUUGUAGGAUGCUGGGUUUUGAGGGGGGAGCUGAGAAGGCUACAAGACUAGGGUUGUAUGGGUUUGGAAAUGGAAAUUUUCUCUUGGAUGAGGUUAACUGCACUGGUAUCGAGAGGACUUUGGAAGACUGUGAUAAAAAUCCGUGGAAGGACCAUGACUGUAGUAAAUUUGAAGUGGCAGGGGUUGUGUGUUAUCCCUCCAAAGAAUGCACAGAAAAAGAAUUCCGCUGUAACAACAAAAGAUGUUUGAUGCCAGGUCAAGUUUGUGAUGGAUCAGAUGAUUGUAGAGAUGGUUCUGAUGAAAUGAGCUGUGGUAUUCAUGUCGAGCUGGUAAAUGGGAACAGUCCCUACAGUGGACGAGUGGAGAUCAUAAGGAAUGGACUCAGAGGAACGAUUUGUGAUGAUGGUUGGUCAGACACUAGUGCUGCUGUCAUCUGUAAAAUGCUAGGCUUUAGAGGUGGACAAGCAAAAUCUGAUGCAACCUUUGGAGCAGGGUCAGGGGUCAUAUGGCUGGAUGAUGUUGAGUGUCUUGGAAAUGAAUCAUCUCUCAUCGACUGUUCCAGACGACCUUGGGGUGACCAUAACUGUGGACAUGCAGAGGAUGCAGGGGUCAUUUGUAAUGGCAAUACAGCUAUCACCACUAGAAAACCCACCACAUCCACUAGACCCAUCACACAAUCAUCCAAAGUCAGGGUCAGACUGGUAGGUGGGGGCGUGGCUAGUCGAGGCCGUGUGCAGAUCUGGUACAGGGGAACAGGUGGGACUGUCUGUGAUGAUGACUUUGAUGACAGGGAUGCCACUGUUAUCUGCCGUAUGCUAGGAUACAGGGGCGGUAAACCAUCAAAGUUGUAUGGUCCGGGUAAAAGUAAAAUCUGGCUUGAUAAUCUACAAUGCAAUGGGAAUGAGUCAAGUAUCCUAGAAUGUGAACAUGAAGGCUGGGGAGUUACAGAUUGCACAAAUGAGGAAGACAUUGGAGUCGAUUGUGAAGAUGAUUCUAUUGCUGCCCCAAGAGUGAAAGUGAGGCUGAUUGGGGGUACAGCUCCCAAUGAAGGUCGUGUGAUGGUCAUUGUACAGAACAAAACCGGGACAGUGUGUGAUGACUCCUUCACUGAUAUAGAAGCUAUGGUGGUGUGUCAAAUGCUGGGUUACAGAAGUGGUGUUGCCACAGAAGGGGGUUACUUUGGACCUGGUUCAGGGCUGACUCUCCUUGAUGACGUAAGAUGUCAGGGGACAGAGUCAUCGAUAUCCCAGUGUCGACACAGAGGGUGGGGCAUCAAUAAUUGUGAACAUGCUGAGGACGUUGGUGUUAUUUGUGAUGCCCCUGCCACCACUUCAUCUACCACAACAGUGGAUCAGGGAUCAGGGAAAGUAAAAUUAAAUGUUCGUUUGAUAAACAAUGUGAAUGGUGUUAAAGGCCGAGGGACACUAGAACUAGAAUAUAAUGGGGUCAAAGGAACUGUGUGUGAUGAUGAUUGGGAUGACCCUGAUGCCAAGGUCGUUUGUAAAAUGCUUGGAUACAGAAGUGGGGCAGCAGUGUCUAAUGCCAGGUUUGGACGAGGGACUGGUCCUAUUCACCUGGAUGAUGUUGGUUGCCGAGGUGAUGAGGAGUCCUUACUGGACUGUGCUCACUCCGGAUUGGGGAACAGUAACUGUGCUCAUAAUGAGGACGCUGGCGUCAUCUGCUAUACCGCUGAUGCAAUUAGCACAGAUGAUAUUAAUCAACUUCCAACUGAUUGUGGCCUACGACCAGUGGAAUCACUGAUCAACUCCAGACGAAAGAGAAACAUUGGAGAACGAACCGUAGAGGAUUGGCGACCUCCACUGAAGAUCUUUGGAGGGUUCAACGCUGACUAUGGGAUGUUCCCCUGGCAGGUGGCCAUUAGAAAGGUUAUCUUCAAAACAAGGACCAGAAAAAUUGAUGCACAUCAUUGUGGAGGAACCAUCCUCAGUCCAUUCUGGAUUCUUAGUGCUGCUCAUUGCUUUGAUGAUGAAGUGAAAUCAAAGCUUGCAAUAAGAGUCGGAGAUUUCAACAACAAGGAAGAUGAUACUGAUGAAGAGGAAUUUGAUGUGGAGGAAAUCUUCAUGCAUGAGGGGUACAGUACUGUGACAUAUGACAAUGAUAUAGCAUUGAUUAAGAUAGCCCCUAAGGAUGGCCGUGGUAUAAUGAUCGGUCUCUACAUCCAGCCUGCCUGUUUGCCCAAUGAUAGUUUGGUAUACGGAGAUGACUUGGACUGUUAUAUAUCUGGAUGGGGAAAAACAGCACUGGGGUCACCAAAUAUCUUAAAGUAUGCAGAAGUUCCUAUAAUAAAAGAAAGAAUCUGCCAUAGCUUGUACAAAGGUUCUCUGUCUGAUGGCAUGUUCUGUGCAGGCUACGUAAAAGGAGGGGUUGAUACUUGUCAAGGGGACAGUGGAGGACCUCUAGUCUGCAAAGUUAAUGGUAAAUACACAAUUUUGGGAGCUACAUCAUGGGGAAGAGGCUGCGGGGAUCCAAAUUCUCCAGGGGUGUAUACCAAUGUCAAACACUACCUGCAGUGGAUUAGAGACAAACUUGCACAAUAAUGUGAGGCCGAUAUCCAGUCCUCUACUAGUUUAUCCCCACACAGACCUCAGUGUGCAUGUGUGUCACUGGCUAUCACGAUCACUGUAUUCAAUUUACAAGGACAGGCUCCUCCAGCACAUUGCUGAGUUGAUGAAAACCUUCACUCGUUUCUAUUUCUAUAUUCUAUCACAUGCGAAUUGGCGAAAGAAUUUUGCAUGAUCAAACUGAUGUCAUUUAUAAAUACAGUGUAUUUUUUAAAUCCAA